AGAACCCCAUCAGUUUCUCUCUCUUUCUCUCACUUCCACAAACAGAGCAACAUCUUUUUCUCAGGAUUGCUUGAAACCUGGAGAAAUCUUUAAGGUUAUAGACCAAUAAGAGAGAGAGAGAGAUCUUAGAGUACAAGAAGCCCAAGAAUGGUUACUUUAUCAGUCUGGCCUUGGGAAAGCUAUGGCAAUCUUAAGUAUCUUCUAUACGCUCCUCUAGCAGCACAAGUAGUGUACUCAUGGACAUACGAACAAGACUACUCGAGGGCUCUAUGGUGUCUUCAUAUCCUCAUCAUCUGUGGACUCAAAGGACUCGUUCAUGUCCUUUGGAGUGUUUACAACAACAUGCUUUGGGUGACUCGCACUCUAAGGAUUAACCCUAAUGGUGUUGACUCUAAACAGAUUGAUCACGAAUGGCACUGGGACAAUUAUAUACUUCUGCAAGCAAUAAUAGCGAGCAUGAUCUGUUACAUGUCUCCUUCAUUGAUGAUGAUGAACAGUAUACCUCUCUGGAACACCAAAGGACUAAUCGCAUUAAUUGUGAUACAUGUGACUUUCUCAGAGCCUUUAUACUAUUAUCUUCAUAGAUCUUUUCAUCGCAACAACUACUUCUUCACGCAUUUCCACUCUUUCCACCACUCAUCUCCUGUUCCACAUCCCAUGACUGCUGGAAAUGCGACGUUAUUGGAAAACCUUAUCCUAUGUGUCGUAGCUGGAGUUCCUUUGAUUGGUUCUUGCUUGUUAGGUGUUGGAUCAAUAAGCUUGAUCUACGGAUACGCUAUCAUGUUUGAUUUCCUAAGAUGUUUAGGACAUUGCAACGUUGAAAUCUUCUCUCACAAGUUAUUCGAGACUCUACCAAUCCUACGUUAUCUCAUCUACACUCCAACGUACCAUGCUCUGCAUCAUCAAGAAAUGGGGACCAACUUCUGUCUGUUUAUGCCUCUCUUUGAUGUUUUGGGCAACACACUUAACUCAAACUCAUGGGAACUCCAAAAGAAGAUUCGUUUGGCUUCAGGGGAACGGAAGAGGGCGCCGGAGUUUGUGUUCUUGGCUCAUGGGGUAGAUGUGAUGUCGGCGAUGCACGCACCGUUUGUGUUCAGAUCGUUCGCUUCGAUGCCAUACACGACGAGGCUCUUCUUGCUUCCCAUGUGGCCGUUCACUUUCAUGGUGAUGUUAGGCAUGUGGGUUUGGUCAAAGGCUUUUCUUUUCAGCUUCUACACCCUUAGAAACAAUCUUUGCCAGACUUGGGGAGUUCCCAGAUUCGGAUUCCAAUACUUCUUACCGUUUGCUACACAAGGCAUUAAUGAUCAGAUAGAGGCUGCGAUUCUGAGAGCUGAUAAGAUUGGUGUUAAAGUCAUAAGCUUGGCUGCUUUGAACAAGAACGAAGCUUUAAAUGGUGGUGGGACGUUGUUUGUGAACAAGCAUCCUGACCUUAGAGUUCGUGUGGUUCAUGGGAACACUUUAACCGCAGCUGUGAUUCUCAAUGAAAUUCCAAAAGGUGUGGAAGAGGUGUUCUUGACAGGAGCCACUUCUAAGCUGGGAAGAGCCAUUGCUCUUUACCUCUGUCGUCGUGGAGUGAGAGUUCUCAUGUUGACUAUGUCGAUAGAGAGAUUCCAAAAGAUUCAGAAAGAAGCUCCUGCUGAGUUCCAAAACUACCUCGUGCAAGUGACCAAAUACAACGCUGCUCAAAACUGCAAGACUUGGAUCGUUGGGAAAUGGUUGACACCAAGGGAACAGAGCUGGGCUCCUGCAGGAACGCAUUUCCACCAGUUUGUGGUGCCACCAAUCCUCAAAUUUAGAAGGAACUGCACUUAUGGUGAUCUUGCAGCUAUGAGGCUCCCUAAAGAUGUUCAAGGACUAGGAACCUGCGAGUACACAAUGGAGAGAGGAGUGGUGCAUGCAUGCCAUGCAGGAGGAGUGGUUCAUAUGCUGGAGGGUUGGAAGCAUCAUGAGGUUGGAGCCAUUGACGUUGACCGUAUUGAUCUGGUGUGGGAAGCAGCCAUGAGACACGGCCUUAGCUCUGUGUCUUCACUCACUAAUUGAGUGUGAAGAGACCCUUUUGUUUGUUGUCUAUGACUCUCCCCAAGAUUGGCUAUUCUUUGUACAGAUGAAGGAUGCAAGCAGGGAAACAAAAUGUAGAAUUUCACCUUUUUAUUAAAGCAGACCUUUUUAUUAAAGAUGUAUUCCACUUUUUCUAUCUCCCUAAUAGUAUUUAUAUGUGCACCUAAUUUCCAAGAAGCUUAAAUAAUCCAGCUUGAUCACUCCUCUGUUGGUAGUUUAGGACAAUAAAAGAACAAAGUAUCUUCA